GUUCCUAAAGUUCAAAAUGGUUAAAGCCUUGUCAGUCCUUGAGAAUUUUAACAUAAAUGGAAAUUUCGGGUUCAUAUUUUUUUUUGAAGUCUAAUGGGCUCAUCUAGUUUAGUUCUUCGAACUUCCUAUAAAGCCCAUUAAAUAUUAUUCAAACUUCCUGAUCAGUUCCUCCAUUUUUGUCCGCUCUUCUUUCUCUAACAAUGGUUGCCCUCUUGCAACCACCGAGCUUCCACUUUGUUUCAUGGACUCUCAGCUGCUCUUCCAAAAGCAAGAAAAGCGAAAAACAGAAACAGCUAAAACGAAAACAGAUUCACCAGAGCAAAAGUACUGCCCUCCCGUUCCGAAAAUCAUCCCCAACCCCACUUUUAAUCAACCACAAACCCUUCACCCAAACCAAACUCCAGGCCCUGGACGCUGUCGUUAAAGACCUCGAAGCCUCAGUCAAAAACGGCAUGAACAUCACUUCCGAAAUAUUCUCUUCCCUGUUAGAAACAUGUUACCAGUUGAAAUCCAUUGACCAGGGCAUUAAAAUCCACAAUCUUGUACCCAAAACCCUAUUACGUAAAAACACAGGCAUUUCUUCGAAACUUCUGAGGUUGUACGCAUCCUGUGGACACAUCGAAAGUGCCCACCAAGUGUUCGAUGAGAUGUCUAAACGUAACGAAUCGGCUUUUCCAUGGAAUUCUCUUAUCUCAGGAUACGCGGAAUUAGGACAAUAUGAAGAUGCCUUGGCACUUUACUUUCAAAUGGAGGAAGAGGGUGUUGAACCUGAUCGGUACACGUUCCCUCGCGCGUUGAAGGCUUGCGCGGGAAUUGGGUUGAUUCAAAUUGGGGAAGCGGUUCACCGUGAUGUGGUGCGUAAGGGUUUCGGGAAUGAUGGGUUUGUGCUCAAUGCUCUUAUUGAUAUGUAUGCAAAAUGUGGUGACAUUGUUAAGGCUAGGCGGGUUUUUGAUAACAUUGCUUGUAAGGAUACCGUCUCGUGGAAUUCUAUGUUGACGGGUUAUAUUCGUCACGGGUUAUUAGUUGAGGCAUUGGAGGUUUUCCGUGGGAUGAUUCGAGAGGGAUAUGAGCCUGACCCUGUUGCUAUGUCGACAAUUCUGUCUGGUGUUUGCUCAUUGAAGAUUGCGCUGCAGAUUCACGGGUGGAUUCUUAGGCGAGGAAAUGAGUGGAACUUGUCUGUUGUCAAUGCUUUAAUUGUUGUAUAUUCUAAUCAUGGGAAGUUAGAUCGAGCAAGUUGGUUGUUUCACCGGAUGCCUGAGCCGGAUGUUGUGUCGUGGAAUUCAAUAAUCUCUGGUCAUUCUAAACGCCCAGAAGCUCUGGUGUACUUCGAACAAAUGGUGAGUGGUGGUACUCUGCCUGAUAGUAUCACGUUUGUGGCAAUACUAUCUGCUUGUGCUCACUUAGGUUUUGUUAGGGAUGGGGAGCAGUUGUUUUCGUUAAUGAGAAAGAAGUAUGCCAUAAAUCCGAUAAUGGAGCACUAUGCUUGUAUGGUAAAUCUUUACGGGAGAGCAGGGCUGAUCGAUGAGGCUUUUACCUUGAUAGUGGAGAGGAUGGAGUUUGAGGCCGGGCCAACCGUGUGGGGAGCAUUGCUUCAUGCCUGUUCUGUUCAUGGACAUAUAGAUGUAGGAGAGAUUGCUGCUCAAAAUCUUUUUGAGCUAGAGCCAGAUAAUGAGCAUAAUUUUGAGCUAUUGAAGAAGAUUUAUAGCAAUGCAGGUAGGUUGGAGGAUGUGGAAAGGGUAAGAAAAAUGAUGUUGGACAGAGGAUUGUAGACUUUUUCGCCAUUACAAAGUUGUGUCUGAUACUGAUAAAUCAAGCUGAAGUUUACGUCAAGAAGUCGAUUGGUAAAGCUUUUAGGAGAUGGCUUUAGUUUUUGACGCUGCCAUCUGCACAUGAAUUUAAUUUAAAAUUCAAGCAAAUCAUGUCGUAUGGAUGAGAUUACAGAGAGCUUGCAGCUAUCUACCUCUGACUUCUGCAAUGCUGGGGAGGACUCCGUCCAGAGCACCAACAUAUAUAAGAGGAACCAGAAAGCUCUAGGCAAGUCAGGGAGGAUGUGGUUUUACAAAGAAACUUCAGUUAUGUUACCUUAGAGUGUUAAUAUUCAAAACGAUAUGUAAGUAUCAAAUACUUAAAAA